UAAUAUGAAGUAACCACUGCCUAUUUAGACUGGGAACUGGAUUCCAAGAAUCUUCUAGAGAGCCACCUCAGUUACAAGAGCCAUGCUCAAGACUUCCCAGCAAUGCCAGGAUUGGCAAAUUGUGUGUGUGUGUGUGUGUGUGUGUGUGUGUGUGUGUGUGUGUGUGUGUGUGUGUGUGUGUGUGUGUGUGUGUGUGUGUGUAAAAUAUAUAUAUAUGUAUGUGUAAAAUAAAGUGAAGACCAAUUUACAGGUGAGGAACAAAAUUGUCCCAUAGUACUGGGAAGAUACUAUUAAGGACUUUUUUUUAAAAGAAAAAGAGGAAACCUUCAUUUUGUUCAUUUCUAAAUGAACAUCUUUGUACCCUUGGGCCUCUUGUCUUAUUGUAUAUAUUUUCUGUGUGUGACUGUAAUAUGAGCGUGAGAAAUUUAUCUUGAAAUGUCUUAAAAUAGUCGCACCAAAAAUCAGUUUCCAGAGCUCUCAAUGUGACACCUUUCACAAGCACUAAAAUGUAUGUAAAAACAUAAAGGAGGAAGAAAUUAACAAGAUUAUUACUGUUUUGAAGAAUAUUCUUCAAAGGUUUUUCAAGAGACCAAUGGUUUUAAGUGCUUCAGGUUUUGGGUGUCUAGUUUGAUGUCCCUUAAAAAGGAGACUAUUUUACAAGUGGUGAGUAUUCAGCACUUCAUGAAAAUCAGACACCUUCAAAAUUCAGUGAGGGCAUCCAGAAAUUGAAGCCUCCGCAGUAACUACUCAUUUUUAAUAAUCUUGGCAAUUAGAUCUUGAUAACUCAGUUGUGGCAGGUCUGAGAUCAUAUUACUCUCUAUAAACAUCAAAAUAGUAGUGGAAUUUGCACUUUAACCUUGCUUCCACAGAGACACUUCUGAAAACUGGAGUGGAGUGGGUGUGAUUGCCGGUGAACUCCGGCCCCGGGCUGCCUCUCUCUGGGCAGCCCGGCGAACCCCGUGGCGCGCUCCUGCCGCCGAUGUUUGGGGUGCCGGGGGGCCCAUGCCCUGCGCCCCGGCUGCUCCCUCCCAAGCUGCUGGGAGACCCCGACCCCGCACCUCACCUGCUCCUGCCUGAGCAGCCCGGGGAGCCCCGUGGCGCGCCUCUGCAGCCGCCGCUCUGGUCCCCAGGGGACUCCUGUCCUGCGCCCAGACUGCCGCCUGAGCAGACUGAGGAGCCCCACCAUGUACUCCGGCCACUAACGCCUGAGACGCUGGGAGAUCCCCUCCCCAUGCCCCCGCCGCAGGUACAGCCUGGGGAGCCCUGCUAUAUGCUCUGGCCCCUGCACCUGGAGCGGCCCGGGGAACUCUGCCCCGUGUCCCGACUACCGCUGCCAGAGGAGCCCCGUGGCACACUCCUGCCGCCCCUGCUCUGGCCGCGGGGGGAUCCCUGGCUGCCGUGCCCCGAGCCGCCUGGGGAGCCCUGCGGCGUGUCCUGGCUGCUGCUGCCCGGUCCGCCGGGGGACCCUCGUCCGGGACCCCUGUCGCCGCGACUCGCGGCGCCUGGGGAGCCCCUUGAUGUUUUUCAGACAUCAGAAGUGCGCCCCUCCACGACCACGCCGCUCCAGAUCCCACAAGACCUCCCCGCCGCCCACCGGCCACCCCAACCGCCAAGAGACGCCUCCCCCGUCUUCCUGCGCUCGCCGAUCACGCCCCCCGCACCCCAGCAGCUACGAGAUGACUCUCCUGAUCCACUGCGGUCGCCGGACACACCUACUGCACCCCAGCACCUCACGCCACCGAGGAGUAAAUCCCCCGACCCGCUACAGGACACCUGCACCCCCCAGGAACUCCAGCCUCCGGGGGGAAUCCUCAAUGUUCCUGAGACUCAGCUACCACCGAAGGACGCCGCCCCCCUCGCCAGCUGUGCACCAGAAAAUGACCAGGAAGGCCCCAAUGCCCCACAAGAUGGCUGCUUCGCCCCAGACACCGUCUACCUCCAAUACCCCCUCACUGCAGAUGCGCUCAUCUGCCCCAUCUGCCUGCCGCCUCGACGCUUUCAUCUCCUCGGAGGGGUCACCAGAUAUCUGAAGAGGUGCCACGGCCAGUCCACCGCCUUCAGCUGUGCCCGCUGCAGCCUGCCCUUCGAGUGUCAGAGGAAAUGCAAGGCACACCAGGCCAGCUGUACAAAAGCCAGCAAAAAGACGACUCCGGUCCUCCGCCAUCCUGUGCCCCAGCCUGCUGCUCCUGUGCCGAAAAGAAGCAGAGCGACCGUGCUGACCGCUGCCCAGAAGCCCACCCCAGCCCCCGAGCCAGCGGACCAGAACCCUGCCACCGGAACGACAAAUGCUGCAACGGGAAGCGUUGACCGAGCUCCUACCAACAGGGGUCCUGUCACCUCCUCCCAGGUCGCCCGGAAGAUCUCCGAACUGAGGCACCUAAGUGCCCCCUCCAACCUACACGAACCCGCCCCAAGAAGGGCCAGUGCUCCACCACGCGUGGCCAUUCGAAACCCCACCCCUAGAGGCACCAAUACUGGCUCCCGGCCCGCCCUCCGAGCUCCAGCCACAAGGGGCGCCAACGCAACUCCUCAGCCCACCCUGCGAACUCCACCUGGCCGGGGACAGGGGCCACCCCCCAGACCUGCUAACAUCGGAGACCCCACCACUACGUCCGGACCGCAGCCCCAGAACCCCACCAUCAGAGAGUCCGACGCGGCCCCUACAGGCACCAGCCCACUCUCUGCCAACAGAAGACCAUCCACUAACACAGCGACCCCCCGGGCGAUGACCACACGCGAAAGACCGGACGCUGACGCUGCACCCGCCGAACCAAGCCGGGCUCCACCAACCAGCAAUGCCACUACUCCACCGACGGCUAUGCCUCGGGGACCAACCGAAAGAUCCCCCGAGCUGCAAGGGAGACGACCCGCCGGCCAAACCGCGAACCCACUACCCGCGCGGACCGAAGAACCAGAGGACCGGCAGCCGACGAUUAGGCCAGCCACGCCCUGGCAGGCUGCCUGGAUCGAGAAGCUCCGAGCGACAGCCUCGUUUGAAGAAUUCGACCAGCUCAUCAAUGAGCUCACCUGCGAGCUCUCCACAGAGAUCGUCUCCAGGAGGACCCCAAACCAGGAGGCUGCACGUCCUACCUCCAGAAGGCCCGCCCCAAACCGCGACGCCACCACCCGAGGAGCUGGACGAAGAAACCCCAGCCACCGUUACAACCUGGCAGCAGCCUCCCAGAUCCAGAAGAUGUACAGAACCAACCGCCUCAAGGCCAUGAGAAAGGUCCUCGACGGUCCCUCAUCCUACUGCACGAUCCCGCCCGAGCGCCUAUACCGCUACUUCCUGGAAGUAUUCGCUGACAAGCCCAGGAACGACGUGCAGCGCCCAGAGUGCCUUCACCCGCUGCCCCGCAUCACCAAUGCAGAUGGCCUAGAGGCUGAUUUCACGCCCAAAGAGGUGAUGGCCAGGCUCUCCAGGACCAAAAACACUGCGCCCGGAAAAGACGGCAUCCCCUACAGCCUCCUCAAAAAGCGGGACCCCGGCUGCCAUGUGCUCUCCGGCAUCUUUAACCUAUGCCGGUGCUUUGGCCGGCCACCCACCUCCUGGAAGAAGGCCAUGACGGUCCUGAUCUACAAGAAGGGUGAGCGAGACGACCCCAGCAACUGGAGACCCAUCUCCCUCUGCUCUACAAUGUACAAGCUAUACGCCAGCUGCCUGGCAGCCAGAAUCACGGAGUGGGCGACGACCGGGGGAGCCAUCAGCCCAGCCCAGAAGGGCUUCAUGCCAUCAGAGGGGUGCUAUGAACACAACUUCCUGCUCCAGACCGUCCUCCAGACGACCAGAAGGGCCCACAACCAGUGCGCAAUAGCGUGGCUGGAUCUGGCCAACGCCUUCGGGUCCAUCCCCCACCAUCACAUCUUCAGCACCCUACGGGAGUUCGGGAUGCCGGAGACCUUCCUCCGCCUGAUCCGGGAACUCUACAAGGGUUGCAGCACCACCAUCCGCUCAGUAGAAGGCGAAACCGCCGAGAUCCCGAUCCGCAGCGGCGUGAAGCAGGGCUGCCCCCUCAGCCCGAUCAUCUUCAGCCUCGCCAUGGAGCCGCUCCUGCGGGCAAUCUCCGACGGCGCCGACGGCUUCGACCUACACGGCGAGAGAGUGAACGUGUUGGCCUACGCAGAUGACCUAGUCCUGAUCGCGGACGACCCCGAGAGGCUCCAGGGCAUGCUCAACACCAUCGGGAGAGUUGCAGAAUGGACGGGACUCCGCUUUAACGCCAAAAAGUGCGCGUCCCUCCACGUCAACUGCAGCAAGAAGAACUCGGUGCAGGCUACGGACUUCCUCAUCCAGGGUGAAUCCGUCGUCCCCCUGGCCGAGGGGCAGGCGUACCAACACCUCGGCACGCCGACGGGCUUCCGUGUCCGGCAGACCCCCGAGGACACCAUCCAGGAAAUCCUGCAGGACGCCUCCAGGAUCGACGUUUCCCUGCUGGCUCCGUGGCAGAAAAUCGAUGCCCUCAACACGUUCCUGAUCCCCCGCAUCGCCUUUGUCCUGAGAGGAUCUGCCGUGGCAAAGGUGCCCCUCAACAAGGCGGACAAUGUCAUCCGGCAACUGGUGAAGAAGUGGCUGUCCCUGCCCCAGAGAGCAAGCAACGAGCUGGUCUAUAUCGCUCACCGGCACGGUGGCGCCAACGUCCCCCGCAUGGGAGACCUCUGCGAUAUCGCGGUCAUCACACACGCCUUUCGCCUCCUGACGUGCCCGGACGCCGUGGUAAAGAAAGUCGCGACGACCGCCCUGUGCUCCGCCACCGCAAAGCGAAUCGACAGAGCUGCCUCUGGCCAAGAUAUGGCCACCUUCCUGAGCGGCUCCAUGGACGAUGACUUCGCCCGAGACAGAGGCGACAUAGCCUCACUGUGGACCCGUGCCCGCAAUGCCACGCGCCGACUGGGGAAACGACUAGGCUGCCGCUGGGUAUGGAGCGAGGACCGACGGGAGCUGGGAGUCCUGAUACCGUGGACCGAGACGGAGGACACCGUCAUCAGCCCUGGAGCCAGAGGCACGCUGGAGAGGUCACUGAAGGCCGCCGUACGCGCGCUCUACUUGGGCACGCUGAAGAAAAAACCAGACCAGGGCAAGGUUUACGAGGUCACCAGCAAGUGGGACUCCAGCAACCACUUCCUCCACUCAGGCAGCUUCAUCCGCUUCGCUGACUGGCGCUUCAUACACCGCGCCCGACUAAACUGCGUCCCGCUUAACGGAGCUGUCCGCCACGGGACCCGAGACAAGCGCUGCAGGAAGUGCGGGUACGCCAUGGAGACCCUGCCCCACGUCCUGUGCAGCUGCAAGCCCCACGCCAGAGCCUGGCAGCUGCGUCACAACGCCAUCCAGGACCGUCUGGUAAAGGCCAUCGCUCCGCAGCUGGGAGAAAAAGUCACCAACCGCACCGUCCCUGGCACCGACAGCCCACUGCGCCCAGACAUCGUCGUCAUGGACGAGGCUCGAAAAAAGAUCAUCCUCGUUGAUGUGACGGUUCCUUUCGAAAACAGGACCCUGGCCUUCCGCGAGGCCCGAGCCCGAAAGCUCGAAAAAUACACCCCCUUGGCGGACACUCUGCGGUCAAAGGGCUACGAGGUCUAUACCGACGCCCUGAUUGUUGGGGCCCUGGGUGCCUGGGACCCUUGUAAUGAACGUGUGCUUCGGGCCUGUGGGGUAGGCCGUCGUUACGCACAGCUCAUGAGACGCCUGAUGGUCUCGGACACUAUCAGAUGGUCCAGAGACAUCUACACGGAGCACGUCACCGGUCACCGCCAAUACCAGGAGUAAGCGGGCGUGACUCCGUGCUCCCGAAGGGGGGAGGAGAUUUUCACACUUCCCCGUUGGACUCUACCCCCUGAGCCCUGAACCCACCAAACCAAACUCCACUAUGUGAGGGUCACCCUAUCCUCAUCACCCAGCUCGCUCCUUUAUUCCCACGACUGUCUGUAACCUAUUUGUAUGAGCGAUGUACCCUCACUGCCUCCCGACUGUAUCUUGAUCUCACCCACCGUUCACCCCGCAUUGGGGACAUGACAGACUGUAUAUGGUAUAUGCUGCCCAAUACCAAAAUACUGACCCCUCCCCCAUAGUCUGUAUGAUAUCCCCGAUGAAACAAUAACUGCUGCUUUAAACUCUCUGUAUCGUUUAUUUUCAAAUAUUCACUAAUAAACAUUAAAUCUGCAGUUGUACCAAAGGCU